AUGCUCCUGAACGUGGUCUAUGACUGUAAAGAUUUUUGCAGCGUCAAUGUCGACGACCGGGGAACGGUGGAGGAUUUAAAAUGUGCCAUUUUGCAAGCCCAGAACGUGUCGAUAGAGGAGCAGACACUUACUUUUGGUGGAACUACCCUCGAGAACGAGCGCUGCCUCAGCGAGUAUGGCCUUAGUAACUGCUGUACGGUAAACCUCACACUGCCUAUUACCUUCCACCCGAAGAUCCAGAUUUACGUGAAGACGCCAUGCAACGAGUGCUUCCCUCUGAUAGUCACAACGCAGGACACGGUGUGCGAGGUGAAGCAGCAAUUUUCGUGCUGCUGUCCCGUCAAGUACAACGCCCCCGAGUUCGUGUUUGAGUCGUGGCUCAUGGAGGACGAACGCCAGCUCUGCGGUUACGGCGUCGAGGAAGGCUCCAUGCUAAACCUUGUGGACCGCCUGCCUCCGGGCGCCGGCAUGCCGCCCAUCAAGGUGUACAUCAAGUCGCCCAGCGACCAAGUGAACGAGUUUGAGUUUCCCCAAACCAUGACGGUGAGGAUGGUGAAGGAAGCCGUCUCUAAGUGCCUCUGCCUCCGUCCAGGCUCAUUCAGCCUCGUCUAUAAGGGAUGUCCGCUGGCCGAGAACGCCACCCUUUACGAGUCCUGCAUCAAUCACGGCGCUGUCAUUUGUGUUGUCAAGUCUAACCGUUGCUAA